AAGGACCAUUUCCUAGUACACCCUCUUGUUUUGCACAGUCUGUUGUGUGAUAACAAUCACAGACAACUGUUAUCAUCAUGUACUGAGAUUGUGUUUUGUUAUUGUCUGUCUACAGCAAGCAGACAUGCGGAAGAUGAAUUCACCUAAAAUCAAGCUGUUGAGUUGAGUCCUAACUUCUCAACUAUGUUCUGAGAAGAAAGCAUCUUUCAUCCAAUAUAGCCUAAUGAUCAUUUUACAGAAGAACAGCUGAAGUUUUACUUCCACAUCUUAAUAUCUUCUCUAUGAGAAUGGAAGGCAAUCAGUCAUUAAAGUCCAGUUUGAACUCUUCCUACGUUCCUCCUGAUACCUCCUCCAUGCAUGAUGAAGAGGGUUCUGAGGGUGAGGACGUUGGGAGCGACGUCUCCCCUCUGCUCGGCCGGCACAAGCUGGCGGCCCGUCGCAGCCCGGAUGACUCUUACAAUAUGGUGUACAUCAUCUUUUUCCUGAUGGGUAUCGGCUCUCUGUUGCCCUGGAAUUUCUUCAUCACAGCCAAACACUACUGGCUGUACAAGCUGAGUAACAACACCAGCGCUGCAAGCCAUGAGGAAACUCACAAUGACCUCAGUGACUACUUUGAGAGUUAUCUUGCCAUCACUUCAACUGUUCCAUCAGUACUGUGUCUCAUCCUCAACUACCUCCUGGUUAACAGGUUUUCCUCUCAGGUCCGGAUCCUGGUGUCUCUGUUUUUGAUUUUGAUGGUGUUCGUUUUGACCACAGUGUUGGUGAAAGUGGACAUGUCUUGCUGUAGGAUGCAAUUCUUUGGGGUAACGCUGGCCAGUGUAGCGCUGAUGAGCGGGGCGUCCAACAUCUUCUCUGGCAGUGUGUUUGGUAUCAGUGGCCACUUUCCUAUGAGGAUAUCUCAAGCACUCAUAUCAGGUCAGGCUAUGGGCGGCACUAUAAGUGCAUUGGCAUCUAUAAUGGAUCUGGCGGUGGCCAGUGAUGUGACCAACAGUGCACUCUUUUACUUCCUUACCGCUGACGUCUUCAUACUGAUCUGUAUCGGCACGUACCUGCUUCUGCCCAGACUGGAUUACUCACGGUACUAUAUGGAAAUGGCUGCUACAUCAAACAAUGAAUCUAACAGCCAAAACAGCAGCUCAGUAUCUGUGCCGCCCCUCAAACCCAUCCUAAAGAAGACCUGGGUGCUGGGCCUCUGCGUCUUCUACGUCUUCUUCAUCUCCAUCAUGAUUUUUCCCGCCGUUUCCUCUGGAAUCCAGUCGGUGAAUACAGACCCUAAAAACCCUUGGACUUCCACAUACUUUGUGCCCCUCACUAGUUUUUUACUGUACAACGUAGCAGAUUUCUGUGGGCGUCAGACUACCGCCUGGCUCCAGGUGCCAGGCCCCACCAGCCGCGUGCUGCCAUUGUUGGUCAUCCUGAGAACCGUAUUGGUCCCACUGUUCGUAUGGUGCAACUAUCAGCCGCGGUACCAUCUACACAAUGUAUUAUUUGCAAAUGACAUCUUCCCUGUGAUAUUUGUUUGUUUGCUGGGGCUAUCUAAUGGGUAUCUGGGCACACUUCCUAUGAUCUAUGGGCCUAAAGUUGUGCCACGGGAGCUGGCUGAGCCGGCAGGCGUCGUCAUGUCUUUUUUCCUGACUCUUGGGUUAGCUGUCGGAUCGGCAGUUUCUGUAGGUCUUGUUCACUGUAUCUGAGUGCUGCUUAUGAUGAUAGUCAGCGAGAUAUUUGAAAAGUUGAUACAGAUUUGAUCAUUUACACUACAGCACUCAAGCACAAUCUAUUGCCAAGAUUUUAUAAAUUACCUUUUAAUAAUUUUUUAUCACACAGACAUUAAAUACAGAUCUGAAACAUUAAUGUACAAAGAUUAAAAAGUGU